CAGUCCUACCGCGCGGCUGAGCAGUUGCACGAGAGAGGAGAGAGAGAGACUCGUCGAAGGAGAAGUGGAGGCGGGUGGUGGCUCGUCGACGAGGACUUUAAUACGGUUCAGUUUUAAAACAAAAAAGAGAUUAUGGGGGCAAGUGAUACGGAUCAAGAAGCAACACCAGUAAAAAAGCCUUCUCCAGAUGUUGAGAAGAAGAAAGAUGGUAAUGAUUCUUCUAAAUCUCCUCGAUGUUCAAAACAUCACCACUCUUCAAGAUCUCGGUCACGAUCCCGUUCAAAAGACCGAAAAAGAAAGCUAAUUGACAAGAAACACAAAAGAAGUCGCAGCAGAAGCAAAGAGGCACGAAGAAAAGAUUUGGAGGAAAAAGCAUGCAAAUCACACAAGUCUGAAGACCAGAAUGAUAGGGAGCAGUCCAUAGACAAAGGACGUGAGAGACUGCAUUCAGAAAAUGGAGAGGACAGACCACGAAGGAAAGAGAAGAAAUCAUCUCGUGGUAGAAGUUUUUCCAGGUCACGGUCAAGAGAAAGACGAUACCGCAGUAGAAGCAGAGACAGAAAAAGGUCACGGUCUAGAAGUAGGGAUAGAAGAUCCAGAAGUCGAGACAGAAAACGGCGUGCCCGGUCACGAUCCAGGUCACGAUCUAAACACAGACAUCGGAGCAGAAGUAGAAGUAAAAGCAGAGAGAGAAAAAAGAGAAGUGAAAAAGUUCGCAGAUAUAGUAGAAGUCGAAGUAGGUCAAUAAGUCCACCAGCUUUUAGGGGCCGAAAUACUGCAAUGGAUGCUCAAGAAGCUCUGGCUCGAAGAUUGGAAAGAGCCAAAAAAUUGCAAGAACAAAAAGAAAAGGAAAUGUUGGAAAAACAAAAACAACAAGAGAUAGCUGCAGUUGCUGCUACUGGUGGAUCAGUUAUUAAUGUGGCAGCACUCCUUGCAUCUGGAACACAAGUUACACCUCAGAUAGCAAUGGCAGCACAGAUGGCUGCUUUACAGGCUAAAACCCUUGCAGAGACUGGAAUAGCAGUUCCCAGUUAUUACAAUCCUGCGGCAGUUAAUCCAAUGAAAUUUGCUGAACAAGAGAAGAAGAGAAAAAUGCUUUGGCAAGGCAAAAAAGAAGGGGACAAGUCUCAAACAGCAGAGCUGUGGGAAAAAUUGAACUUUGGAAACAAGGACCAAAAUGUUAAAUUCCGAAAACUCAUGGGCAUUAAAGGAGAAGAAGAAAGUGGAGCUCCAAGCACGACUGAUGAUGAAAGUUUAAAAACUCUUAAGCAGCAAGAAGAGGUUUUUAGAAAUUUAGAUGUGCAAUAUGAAAUGGCACGCUCACAAACACACACACAAAGAGGAAUGGGGCUGGGCUUUUCCUCUUCAAUGAGAGGAAUGGAUACUAUUUAAUAGUUUCAUCUGCCUUUUUAAUUUAAUAGCUCUUCGACAUUGCUGGAUAUUUUUGUAACAGCUUUGUGUUCUUAUGUAAAGUCCCUGUUUACUGAAAAGCUAGUAGUCUAGCUUGCAUGGUUGUUGCAUUUGAUAUGUAAUUUAUUAAAAGUUAAACCAUAUUAAAAAUUCAUUUGUAAAUACAGUUUAGUCAGUGAUACUAUUUUGCUUUAGCAAUCUGGGUCUCCACAUGACAUGCAGUGGUUUUAUAAUGUACCAUGUCAAAAGGAUAGCAAGCAGAAAAACAUUGUUUUUCCUUUUUUGUACUAAAACCUGUAUAUAUUUUCUUUGUUGAGACAUGAAUGGAAUAUUAAAUAGAUGUAUAGUAAAAUGGUUCAUUCAGAGUUAACGUUUGAACUGCCAUGUGGCACAUUUAUCCAGUCUGGGGUCUUCUGGGUAAUAAAACACAUUAUUUUUUCUUAC